AUGGCUACUUCUACCGAUGCAAAGGGCUUCAAGCAGGACAUGGUGGUGUCGAUACGAUACCGAAAUGACCUGCCUCCUCCGCCCAUGCCCCCAAAGCUCCUCGACAUCGACACAGGCGGUCUCGCACAAUACCUCACUACGGGCUAUGCGUCGGGGUUGGCAAAGCGCGAGGAUCCAAACAUUGAAGUUGACGCGGAGGGGGGAAUGCCCAUCGACAUGAUCGGUGUCCCUGGUUACUUUCUCGGCGACGAGAGCGCGAUCAUGGCUCCCGAGAUCCAACCGGUGCUCGACCCUGCGGAUCACGCCCUCAUGAUGUCUGUUGAACAAUUAAAGAGUCAGGGUGCUAAGAACAACGUCUCUUUCUUGCGCAAAACACAGUACAUGACCUCCAGCCAGAUGGCUCGGGCGGCCACCGACCCCUUCGUACGAGCUACUCCCCGGUCGCGGAAGGUGUCCGAGCACAGCCAAAUUGCACCUCCCCCCGUUUCUCGCGACGACCCUGAAAACAUCAAACGGCAUAUUCAGAAAGGUUUCGAUAUUGCCUAUCCUGAUAGUAUUCCCUUCAAUCCUCCCGAAGCCAAAGCGAACCCAAUCACGCCGCAAGAGCGUGAUGCUUGGAAGAACCCCGUACACCCCGACAAUCCGCGACUGAAACCUGUCGAGUUCUACCCCAUACUCCCAGACCUCGAUGCUGUCACUGACAUGGCUGGGAAUUGGCAAGCACUCAAGUUCGAAAAGCCUCCUCUACCACCACACCAUGGCCGGAGAGAUGAUCGUGUCGACGUAGGUCUAUUAAUGGCGUCGGAGAAUGCGGCCGAGAUGCCCAAAUACCAAGCCAAGAAGAAGGCGUUUGAAGAACAUCCUCAACUCUACGAAGAUCCAGGUCCGGAGCCCUACGUCUGGUCGCUCUUGGUGCCCAAGCAAGUCGACUCGGUCCCUCGAAUCCGCAAGAUAUUCAACGACUCGGAUCCCAACAAAGAUGACCCGGCCUUGUACGCUCCGCUUCUCGAAGAGUCGGCUGAUGGGUCUCAACGUCUACCUUUCGAGCGUGUCCGCGUCUACCAGUCAGCCACGCAGAUCACGGUCGACCCGCGCCGAGUCAUGGGCGUGUCCCUCGUCAAUGCCGACAGGUUGUCUCCGGAGUCACGUUUCAGCAAGCAAGGUUCGGCCGCGUACUUCUAUCCCAUCCUUGAACGUGUGCGUAUGAAGGCGGACCGCGGAAACCUCAGCAAAGCGCAGGCUCACAGCAGUCAAGCCGCCGAUGAUGAGGCUACUGCAAACAUCCCCGAUCAACUGAUGGUGCUGUUCAAAGACCCCAGCGCCACGGAGAAACAGUCUCGGUACCAGUUCCGCGGCGAGUAUGACGAAGCAUUCGCCGAGGAGUUUCAGGAGAUCUUGCGCGCGGCCGAGGCUGAGCAAGAGGAGCAACGAGCACAAGAUAUCUUGGAAGAGCAGGGCGAGCUCCAUGAAGGGGCGCAGGAUGUCUCGAUGCAUGAAGUCGCAGACGCGGAGGGCGCAGAUAUUGCUACAAACGGUGUUGGCCAUAAGGACCGAGACGACGACAGAAAUACCCCCGCUGUCAAUGGAGGCGACGCAGGGGCCGAGUACGACAGUGAUGGGAUGCGCGACGAUUGA